GUACGUGAAAGUGAAACCAAACUAUGCCUUGACCUUUACUGUUUGGGUAUACUGGACAACAAUAUGCGAAAUUUGUGCAUAUCAGGAUAAAACUGGCCAUACAUAUAUUCUGAAAAGGCUCAUAUUUGUGUGACGACAAGUUAAGAUUUAAUUUGCAGUGUGUGAAGUAAUCCACAUAUUUUACUUAACAACUGAGAGACGGUUUAACCUUUAACCUGGAGAAUCUGAUUGGACAUCGCUGAAGAACAAUAAAGGAGAGGAAAAUGGCUGAAGCAAACGAAAAUGAUUUUCAACUUGUUCUUCAAACAGUUGAAGAAAAUAAAGUUGAAUGGGGCACUGACUUCAUUGUGACAUGUCAACUGUCACCUGAAAUCAGUGCUGUUGACAUGGAGAUCAGGUGGUUCAAAGAGACAGACUGUGUGUGUCUCUAUAAGAACAGACAGGUGACAGAGGGGAUGAGCUACAAGGGCAGAGUGAAUCUGUUCACUGAGGAGCUGGACAGAGGAAAUGUGUCCUUACAACUGCGAGACAUUGGACAGUCAGAUGUGGGAGAUUAUCUUUGUCAGGUCAUCAGUACAGACAAAACAGAGGAGAUAACAAUUAGACUAGAAUUGUUACAGGGUGGCUUUAGGAACAGAGACACAGGAAAAGGAGCACUACUUGGAGCAGCAUUGGGAGUAGGAGCAAUGGUAGCAGCAACAGUGGUAACAGCAGCAGGAGCAGGAGCAGGAGCAGUAGUCGCAGGAGCAGGAGCAAUGGUAGCAGCAGCAGGAGCAGCAGCAGGAACAGGAACAGGAGCAGUGGUCGCGGGAGCAGGAGCAGUGGUAGCAGCAGUAGGAGCAGCAGCAGGAGCAUAUAUCUUCAAUCCAAAAAUCUUGAAACUUUAUGUGAUACAAAGAACAUGGAGUAAAGAAGAGAGAAAGAAAAUGACAAAAUCUUAUAGUUUGGCACAAAGAAGAAACAGCAAAGAGAUUCCUCCAGAGUUGUCUGUAAAACUAUCACAAAAGCAAGAGUGAAGAUGUGGAACAACACUAAGUUCAUUUUUCCAAUCGGGGAUGUCUCAAUCUGGCACAGAAACACUGAGUAGUACUUCUCAUUGGAUCCAAACUUACAGUCAUUUCUCUCUCCUUUGAUCCUGAUUCCUUUAUGUGAGGCUGAACCCUAGACCUUGCUCUUCUUCCUCCACUCAAUCUCCCAGGAACAGCAUCCAGACACUCUCCCUGCACAGAACCUGAGGAUAGCACUCAAAUCUCUCAGAAUGGUCUGGAUACGAUUGCUCCUCUACUACAUACCGUAUUUUUCGGACUAUAAGUCGCACCUAAGUAUAAGUCGCAUCAGUCCAAAAAUACGUCAUGACGAGGAAAAAAAAACAUAUGCAAGUCGCACUGGACUAUAAGUCACAUUUAUUUAGAACCAAGAACCAAGAGAAAACAUUAGCGUCUACAGCCGCGAGAGGGCGCCCUAUGUUUUCAGUGUAGGCUACAGGAGCACUGAGCAGCAUAGAGCGCCCUCUCGCGGCUGUAGACGCUAAUGUUUUCUCUUGGUUCAUGUCAAAUUAAUUUUGAUAAAUAAGUCGCACCUGACUAUAAGUCGCAGGACCAGCCAAACUAUGAAAAAAAUGCGACUUAUAGUCCGGAAGAUACGGUACAUCACAGUUUUGUUAUCCCCAGACAGAGACUGUUGUGUUGGGGUCUUAGCAUGAGCUCACAUGUACCUGAGCACAAGAACAAAGAUUAGAGAAAGAAAAAAGAUAAUGCAACAAAAAAAGUUGUGUGUGGGAAAACCUACAUCUUCGUAAUCCAGCUGUAAUCCUAAACUUGCCCUCAUGUUCCACACUACAGAAAAUAAAACACUUUCUUAGUUUCUGGUAUUUUAAAACACUAAUUAUAAUUAAUUGUGAAGUUUUUUUUGUCUGAAAUCGCUGUUUACUAUAAAUGUACAUGUGAAUGUUUUAGAUCAGCAAAAUAUGUAUGUAUAUAUGCAGAUAGAUAUGCAUUUUGUGCUCUGAAUUUAAUCGCCUACAAAUUCAUACUGAAUGCAUUCAUGACUGUAAAGCAUAUCUGUGUUUGUCAAAAUCGUGAUUAAAAUUUAAAUCGCUAAUUUUUUUUUCUUCUGCCCAUAUCGCACAGCCCUAAUGAACACUUUACUAUCCCAUGAGACCACAGGAUAGUAAUGGCAUUUAUGUAUGGCAUUUAUACUACUUAGAUUCACACUAUACAGAACAUACUCUUUUUGCAGUCACAAAGUAAUUACGUCCUCAAGAGAUUAUGUGAUUUCUAAUGCUGCCUUUGUUUCAGUGCUGAGUUCUGCUCAGGACUCUUAGACUUUAAGAGAUAUGGGCUAUAAUGAACAUGCAGAGAAAUCUUUGACUUCAGUAUAACUUUUAAAUGUGAUUUAAAAAGUGAUUUAAAAAAGUGAUAAAAAAAUGAAUAGCACAGGAUUUUUAACAGGAAUGUAAACAAGCCUGUGAGGGAUAUAAGUACAGUUUAAUGAUUGUACAACUGUUUAACAGACUGUUCAGUUGACCAACUAAACAACACUGAAAAAACUAAACAAAAAUCAGUAAACAAAACACAAAUAAAUAUUUUUUAAUUUUGAUAAAAAUGAUGUUAUCUAAGACCUUUACCUUUAUACAGUGUUUUCCAAUGUAAAGACUGUAAUUCUGUACCUUGCCGUUUUCUUCCAAAUAAAAUUCAACAUGGCAUCUAACCUAA